AUUAUUACUCUCUCUGUAUCGUCACUAAUCGAGAGAGAUAACCAGACAGAGAGAAAAUGGAGGCAGCGAAUUACAGGCAGAGAAUCCUUCUCAAUCAUCUUCAACCUUCUUCGCCUUACUCUAAUCAACGAAGCGACGAAUCAUCCCUCUCUGCUUCCAUCUGUCUGGCUGGGGACAAUACUGCUUAUAAUCGGCAAGCUGAUUUUGGAGAUGAUGUAGUGAUAGUAGCUGCAUAUAGGACAGCAUUAUGCAAAGCUAAACGUGGGGGUUUCAAGGAUACACCUGCAGAUGAUCUUCUUGCUGCUGUUCUCAAGGCAGUCAUAGAGAAAACCAAUCUUAACCCAAAUGAAGUGGAUGAUAUAAUUGUUGGUAGUGUUUUACCUCCAGGUUCUCAGAGAGCCAUUGAAUGCCGAAUGGCUUCCUUUUAUGCCGGCUUCCCUGAAACUGUGCCCAUCAGAACUGUUAAUCGGCAAUGUUCGUCUGGCCUCCAGGCUGUUGCUGAUGUGGCUGCUUUUAUAAAAGCAGGGUUUUAUGAUAUAGGCAUUGGCGCUGGAUUAGAGACCAUGACAAUAGACCAGAUUCAAGAAACACGAUCAGUUAAUCGAAGAGUUGAGAUUUUUUCUCAAGCCCGUGAUUGUCUUCUACCCAUGGGGAUGACAUCAGAAAAUGUUGCCAUUCGUUAUGGUGUUACAAGGGAAGAGCAAGAUCAUGCUGCUGUUUUAUCUCAUAAACGGGCUGCUGCAGCAACUGCAUCUGGAAAAUUCAAAGAUGAGAUAAUUCCAGUCUCCACUAAGAUUGUUGACCCAAAGACAGGUCAGGAGACAUCUAUUAUUGUUUCUGUGGAUGAUGGUAUUCGACCAAACACAAAUUUGGCAGAUCUAGCAAAACUGAAGCCUGCAUUUAAAAAGGAUGGCACUACAACUGCUGGGAAUGCUAGCCAAGUGAGUGAUGGAGCUGGAGCAGUUUUGCUUAUGAAGAGAAGUGUGGCUAUGCAGAAAGGACUCCCAAUUCUCGGUGUUUUCAGGAGUUUUGUGGCAACUGGAGUAGAUCCAUCUGUUAUGGGAAUCGGUCCAGCAGUUGCAAUUCCAGCUGCAGUUAAAGCUGCUGGCCUCAACCUAGAUGACAUUGACCUCUAUGAAAUUAACGAGGCAUUUGCAUCCCAAUUUGUAUAUUGCUGUAAGAAACUGAAUCUUGAUCCCGAAAAAGUCAAUGUCAAUGGUGGUGCAUUGGCUCUAGGUCAUCCCUUGGGUGCUACAGGAGCUCGUUGUGUGGCAACUUUACUGAAUGAAAUGAAACGGCGUGGCAAGGACUGUCGGUUUGGUGUGAUCUCUAUGUGCAUAGGAUCAGGAAUGGGUGCUGCAGCUGUUUUUGAAAGAGGGGAUUCUGUGGAUGAUUUGUGCAAUGCACGGGUUUGUAGCGACAAGUAAGAAUCAACUAAUCCGGUUCUGGCAGUUCUUAAUAAUAUAUAUGGCGCAGUAGAAUUCUGCCAGUCAUUUUUUAUUUAUGUACAACGUUUAAAAGACAAAGACUCUUAAAGUGAGAUAAUAAAGUUUGACUAUUGUAUUUGGUUUAAACAUUGUCUUAUAUUUGAGCAUCA